AUGCCCAUUCAUAUGGCAGCCAAAAAAGGAUAUCUAAAAAUUGUAAAAUAUUUUUUAGAAAAUGGGAUACAUGUAGAUAUUAUAAAUAAAAAGAGCAAAAAAACCCCUCUUCAUAUGGCUGCCCGUGGAGGUUACAUCAAAAUAGUAGAUUAUUUACUGUUAAAUAAGGCUAACGUGCGUCUAAAAGAUUGUCAGAAACGGAGUUCAAUUCAUUAUGGUGUUAUAGGAGGGGAUGCUGAAAUUGUUCAUGGCCUUAUGGAACAAGGAGUUGAUAUAAAUGCAAAAGAUAGGUUCAAGUUGACUCCUCUACAUUUAGCUUGUAGAUCUUGGUAUUUAGAUAUUGCCCAAUUACUUUUAAAAAACGGUGCAGUGUGUAACCUACAGGGAAGAUCCCGGAAUUAUUCUCCACUCCAUUUGGCAUCUGAAACCGGUUGUCUAGAAAUUGUAAAGUAUUUUAUCAGUCUAGGGGUAGACGUGAAUUUCGGUACAAUUCAAGAAUAUACUCUUCUGCAUGCAGCUUGUAAAUGGGAUCAAAUUGGAAUGGUUAAAUAUUUGUUUGAAAAUGGUGCAGAUGUUAACAAGAAAACUCUACCCAAAGGAGCUACUCCAUUAUAUUUUGCGAUAAAAAAUAGAUCCCCAAAUGUUGCAGAGUUCUUACUUUUAAAUGGAGCUGAUUUAAGAGAAGCUGAAUAUAAAGGCAAAUCUACUUUAUCAACAGCUUUAAAAGAUGUGUCAGGUGAUUAUGAAGAGUCAGAACAGACAGAGUAUCUGGUAAUUGCAAAACUAAUAAUCAAAUACACCGUGUUAAUUUACAAUCCCGUUGAAAAAUUUAUUGAGGAUGGUUGCCCUUUCUUCGAAGAAUUAUCACAAUACUAUAACGACUGUCAAAAAGAAAUAACAAGUAUGAGAAGUGUGACAAUAAAAAAUAGUACUGUUUCUUUAUAUCAAAUAAUUUGCGACUCCAAUAAAGGUAACGCGUUUAUUAAAUAUUUACGUAACGACAAUAUUAAAAAGGAGUUACAAAAUAUUGAAGAUUACCUUAAAGACUUUUCGAUAUACGGUGAUAUUCUUCCGUUGGUACAACAUUGGGUUAAGGAAGGACUUCAAAGAAUGAAAUUACUUUCAGACGCUGACUUUAUAAUGGGAAAAAUUGCGCCUAAGUUGCCAUCAGAAAUAAGAUGGAAAAUAUUCGACUACUUAAACAUGACUGAUCUUAAAACUGUGAUACAUUCAUAAUGAUUUAAAUAAAAAUGAUUAUUUGUUUG